GGGGAUGUCAGGUUUGGUAUCAUGGGGGUCCAAACCAGAUGCGUGUGUUUCCAUCCUUACCCGUAGUAAGGCGUAUCUCGUGGAAACAUCUGCGUACGAACAAAAUGUGAUGAUGGAAAUUAGUUGACCUUAGCUGCUCCCAUUUUAGAGGUAGGCAAGGCAAUCUUAGGGGCCUGGAUCUAGAACAGUAUUGGUUAUAGUUACCUUGAGGGCCCCUAGUGUUCAUGCCCUGUGACCACCCUUUUCACUUAGCCUACCAUUCUAGAUUUGGAAGAGCAUUGAGUUUCUAAAGUAUAUCCUUUAAUGAUGCUAGUAGCCAUCUUUGUUGACACUUGAAUACUGAAUGCAAUCAAAGCUAGCUAAGCCUCUCAACAUACAAGAUAGAUACAUACAAUUAUGGGGACAAAAAGAAGUGCAACCACUGACAUGCUGACAGGGACUUCGACUGUUGUGGAAGCAUUGCCGUCACAUUUUGCAGCUCCUCCAUUGAAGUUACGAAUAAAGCACCAAACUAUUAUUCAAAAGCUAACUAUAGAUAUCUACGAAUCAAAAAAUGCAAAAGAGAAACUAAAGUAUUUAUUGAUGUUUUUUCGACAAUUACGAUUAACUCAAGUAACUCCUGAAGAAUGUGAGCAACUUAUGCGCUUAUUCAAGGAAUUAGCUAAAAAGGAAAGUGAUCAUGCUUUGAGAGCAAAAGCUGUGGAGUUAAUGGGAGAAGUUUGUCGUAUCCCUGGUGCGAACAAGUUGCUUAUUGUUGAAGAAAUACUGGAUUCCCUGCAUAAAGAAGGAAAUCAUGUGGUGAUUACCCAGAUCUUUAAAACUUUAUCGCUAACCAUAACUUUGAUAUCGUUAAAAGCUGACAUUGUGCAAAAAGUGCUAAAAGCUUCUGUUAAGCGGUUGGACGAUAGUCAUCAGGAUGUCCGGUGUGCAUGUCUUCUCCUCAUUGGUCGGAUUUGUCCAAAUGAGCCAAUUAAAAUUUCCAGUGGACGUGUUGUUGACGUGAUGGAAUUGUAUAAUGAAUUUUCAUCAGAUCAAGAUCCACGAGUGCGCACUGCUGUAUACCAAUCCUUGUUGACACUUCAUCAAAGAAACCGAGCAUUAGAGAUGAGUGUGUAUGGUAAAGUCUGUGAUGCAUUAAAUGAUGAUUUUGAAAAUGUGCGGCUGGCAGCUGUGAAGUUAGUUUGGGUAUUUAGCAACAUCUUUCCAGAGAGGAUGAUUCCACAUCCCUACGCAGACGAUGAAGACAUUCGGCUACUUGAUGAUGCAUUUAUCAAGAUCUGCAACAUGGUGAACGAUAGCUCCAUGAAUGUUCGCGCAGAAGCUGUUGGCUUGCUGGGCUCUUUACACGAUGUUAGUUUUCAUGUUUUAGAACAAACACUUGACAAGAAGCUCAUGUCGAAAGGAAAGAAAACGAAGAGUUUCAACCAGCGCCAACUGGAACGUUUUCGUGGAGAGGACGGUGGUGGGGGUGGUCAGUGGAGCACAGGGAAAACAUGGGGAGAUAACAAUCCCAGCCAAAAUGAACUAGAAAAGGAAGAAAUCAAGUUAAUGAACACAGGCUCUUGCGGUGUGUUUGUGAGAGCGUUAGAAGACGAAUUCAUGGAGGUUCGAACAGCUGGUGUUGACUCCCUAUGCGAGUUAGCCAAUCAGAAUGCUGCAUUCGCUUAUAUGUCAACGGAUUUUCUGGUUGAUAUGUUUAACGACGAGAUCGAAAGUGUCCGUUUGAAUUCUAUAAAUAGCUUAAUCAAGAUCCACCAAUAUGUUGAUUUGAGAGAAGACCAGUUGGACACUAUACUGGAAUGCUUAAAUGACUUCAACCAAGUUGUCCGCGAUUCUGUACGGGAUUUGCUAGGCCACUGUACCUUGUCUACGCAAGCAUGUCUUUUUGCGACCGUUUUAGCGUUACUUGCCAACCUAAAGAAGUACCCAAGAGACUGCGAGUCGAUAUGGAGUUGCAUGAAAGAACUCGGUUUGCGCCACCCGUUUUUCGUGUCGUCCCUAGUUCCCGAACUUCUUGUGACGCAUCCGUAUUACGCAGUACCUGAACCAAACAUAGAUGAUCCUGUACAUAUCGCAGUUACGACUCUCAUCUGUAACGCAACAGUCCAACUACCGUCUCUACGAUCACUACUACCACAGUAUCUGUCGAAACAUUACGAUUACUUGAGGGAUACUUUACCUCAAUUUGUACCAGAACUACCACACAUGCAGGCCACAAAACGUGUCUCAACAAGUACAGGCUCUGGUUACACUAUUGUGAACGGUUUCUUCCUCGCAACUGUUAAGAAAAUUUACUCUAUUCUCGACACCAACUUACCUAAUGUAAACAAACUUUUAAAAACGUGUAUCAGCGACUUGCAACACUUGAAGAAAAUGCACCAAGCAUUUGCACCGGCUGCCGAAUUCUUUUCAAUUUUUCUGCAGUGCCAGCAGUUGUUAAGAAAAUGCAGAACCGACAGAGCAUGGUCGAUACCUGCCGCGUUGGCAACCAAUGAGUGCAGUUCGUUACAAAAUGACGUGAACGAUUUGUUAAAGUUGUCGUAUAAACUGGAAUUCAUAUUCUCGGGGCUGAGCACGGAAAACCUCUUCACUGUCAAGGCGCUUCGCAUCCUGGCACACAGUUUAUCCGUUCUUCUCGAGUUGCGCACCGCUAGUAAAUUGCAGCAGAACCGAAUUAUCGAUUUGAAGUUGUGGGAAAUCUUCCUGCAACGACUGUACAAAUUUAAAGAGCAUGUGAACGCCACGUCAGCAACUUUUAAAAACAACCGACUUGCCGAUAUUUUUAAACUUCAAGAGUCGGUGGAAGAAAACUUGUCGGCUGUUUCGACACUUGUGACUGUUUUGCAGCAGUUUUUUCUCACUUACCCUAUCGAUAUAAAAAUUGAGAAUAGAUUACGUCAAGCCACUGUUAGGGUGAUUGAGCCGAAGCACAACGUUGACAAUCCGUUGAGAUUCAGUGCAGGUUUGAUACUGAGCGUGGACGUCGUCGCAUCGUUGGAAAAUGUUCAAGACUUGGCGAAUGUUUACAUCAAGCUGAUAUAUCCUGAUUUAAAGGUCCAUUUACAUAAGCCUAAUCUCUCAGAUUUUAAAAGUAUCAACACAUUGAAGCGUCGUCUGGUUUGUAAGGUGUUUUUGAGUCAUCAAACUUGGACAGAACCGUGUCAUGUAAAACUAACAGUGGUGCAAGCUCAUCCGACUGACAUCAAGGAGGAGCUGAAUAGUAGUAACGAAUAUGCUGUGACCGGCAUUGACAGAAUUAUUCGCUGCGCUGAAAAUUUUACCACAUCUCACCAAGGUUAUUUAGAUCUGAGUGAAACUGUGAAAGUGUACAUCCAACCCAAAGCGAUAGGGAGAUGAAGCUACGAACAAUAGAGUUGCUGAAUCUUUCGGAAAAAGCUGAUCUUUGUUUCCAAAAAUAGCAAUAGUUUGCUAAGAAUGCCGUUAUGAGACCCGAUGUGUUCUGUUGACGCGAUGUCGUAAUACUUCCGGUGUAUUUUGAGUGCAUAGUACGUAAGAGUUACACAACAUUUGCUAAAGCUGAAACGUUGCAUGUCAUCUGGUCGGAAAUGGAACAUUUGCAGAACUUAUAGUAGAACUCUGGCAAUUUUACAGCUUAACCUCAAAGUUAUCUGUUAAGCUGGUAAUAAAUUAUCGCAGCAAGGUGUAUAUAGCUUCUUAAAAAGCUUCGUAGUAGUUUGUCAAAAAAAAUGUUGCUGAAAAUCCAAUAUUUAUUACUUGGUUUGUUGCAAGUAUGACAAAAAAUAUUAAAUAACAA